AGACAAAACAGUUUUGUCUCCCGUGGGGGGCCUAAACGAAUAAAAACUUUACUAUCAGCUGACUAAACGUCACUUGACAAGUGACAGUGACAGUUGGUGUAGUGGAAUUAUCAAACAAGCAGCCGAUCGGCAAAUAAAACGAAUCAACCAUGAAGUUCUGUUCCAAUCUUGCGUUUAUGUUCACCGAAGCGUCUAAUGUUUUGGAAAGGUAUGCGUUGGCCAAAGAUGCAGGGUUCAAGGCGGUUGAGACUGGGUUUCCUCUGGGUCACACGGUGGAACAAGUGAAGCAGGCCAAAGAAAAGGCGGGAGUAGAGCAAGUCUUGAUAAAUCUUAAAACAGGAGAUGUUACGAAGGGUGAGUUAGGAGUUACUGCAGUUCCCGGAAAAGAGAAUGAGUUCAAGGACAACCUCAAAGUGACGAUUGAAUAUGCAAAAGCUGUUGGUGCAAAGAAAAUACAUAUCAUGGCAGGCAGACUAGAUACAGUGACCUCUGAGAAUUGGAUCACAUAUGAGAAUAACUUGGAGUAUGCAGCUGAGCUGCUGAAGGAAAACAAUAUUUUAGGUGUGAUUGAGCCGAUUAAUCAACAUUCCGUCCCCAAAUACUUUCUGAGUGACUAUGGCAAAGCCGUGGACAUCAUAAAACGCAUUAACAGUUCACAUAUAAAGCUACAAUUGGAUAUCUUUCACCUUCAGCAUAUAUGUGGUGAUUUAUCACAUAAUAUAAAGAACCUUAUGCCUUAUGUAGGGCAUGUACAGAUAGCACAAGUACCGAAUCGCAAUGAGCCAGAUACUACUGGGGAGGUGAACUAUCCAUACAUAUUACAGCAUUUAGAGCAGUGUGGAUAUAAUGACUGGAUUGGUUUGGAGUACAAGCCUGCUGCGGGCAGCAUGGCUGGACUCAAGUGGAUACAAAACUUUGGCUACAGUCUGUGAUUUAGAGAGAAAUAUUACUUCAAAUUAUACUGAACCUAUUUCUUGUAAAAGAUUGUUUUUUUAGUACUUAAGCAUUUUUAUACUAUGUAUGAAAUAAAAAAGUUUUCCUUCAA